UAAAGGCACAUAUUGUAUCUCAGGUCGUGAUCCCACUACUCCCUGACGGUGGACAUAAAUGCAUGGUCAGGUCACCGAUUUGGUACAUCCAGAGAAGCAGGAAGGCACUCUGCGGAGUUCUGCAUCCUCCUUCGCUGCUUGGACGGCCAUGGACAGAUCAGAAAGUUGCUCACAAUCUCGCCAGCUCGGACCAGACUGACCAGUCCUUUAAGCUCUCUGCCAUACGGGUCUCACCUGCAACCCUCCUCUAGGUAGAUAGCCCAUCUGCGUUAGAGAUGGCAUUGGCAAUUGCUUCAGUAGGCCUCACCUUGACCAUGACCUCCAAUGAUUUUCGCACACCACCCCAGAGGCGGAGGCUAUUAAGAACGGUUGCGGCGGAAGAUGAAAUGGGAGGAACAAGAAGAUAAAUGAGGGAAAAAGAAAGGAAAUUAAGGUUAUGUUUGGCGGGCAUAAGUCCCUGACUUCUAGCUUUUGUACUGUUCAAAAAGUUCCUAAAAGCUUCUAGUUGUGUGUUUGGCAUGACAAUAUUUAAGAGCUUUUCAAAAAUUAAAAGAUCUUUUUUGAGAUGCUACCAGGAGUAGGAAAAGCUAGUGACUUUUAGUAUUAAUUAAUCCUAACAGCUUGUAUACCAAACCGAACUAGAUCAAACAGUCAGUUUUUCAUCAAACAACUACCACCUUUUAUUUUUAAGAUCUUUUCAGUCACUAAAAGCUAACAGCUAUUAAAAAGGUCACAAAAAUAUCUUUUCAGCUAGUUGUGCCAAACAUGCCCUAAUACUCCGUAGUUGAUUUGAGAGGGUGGAUUAGCGGUGAGAGAAGAGAGAAGAAGGGCGGAAGAAAAGAAAAAGGGGGAGAACCGGACAUGAGGAAGAAGGAGAAUAGGAGCAACUGAUCAGCUAAUCUGGAAUCAAUCUACUAGAAUAUUAAUUUGAUCAUUUUUCUAAGCUCAUGUUCUUAAUUGACUGUUUUUAAGUGUGAUGACUUAUUUAGUUUUUGAGGGGCUAUUAAAUCGUCUAUAGGGUUUUACCGCUAGAGUUUUCUUAGUCCGCUAUCGUCUUUUGGCGAGGAGCGAUGCCGUCUUCCGGUAAUUCGUUCGUGGAUAGGGAGAUUCGGCUAGAGGAGAAGAUAGCAGUGGCCAGCAGGGUACGUAAUCGCAAUAUACGUUUGGGUUGAGAGGAGGUUCGAGCAGUUUGAUUUUCGGCAGCAAGGGUUACAUCGAAGAAGUUAGCGGGUCUGAUUCUCGCUAGGGGGUUUUGUCAGCAGGUUAGGAGGCGACAAGGGCUAUAUGGAGCGGAUGGUUGACCAGUACAAAAAGAUGAAUAUUGAAGAGGAUGUCGAGGAUGCCGAGGAGUUGGAAAUUGUGGUAGUGGGUUUGCAAGGAAUAUUUCAAGAUGAAAGGUUGAUGAUUCGUCCCCCUCUUGAACCACCGCCGAGGAUGAUGCUUGAAGUAUGGAUUCAGUUGUUCCAUCAGUUUAUUUUAUUUAAUUCCGUUUUACCCUUUCGAAUUUUUAUCUUAUUCUGCUGUAUUUCUGGGGAUUUGGAUUUGGAUGUGGGUGAUGAUUUGAUUGUGAUGACCGUCUUUGGCUCAUUUGUGCGCAUGAAUGGAUCAACGAGUUAUAUUACUGAGGUGAUUAACUCUGCGUCUGGUUCGAGGGACGACUGUUGUCAUGAAUCUCUUUGUUGGAUUACCUACUAUCUAAAUGGUGUGUUAUCAAUUUAAGCCUAUUUCUUCC